UGGCUGCAGCUGUAUUUUGACGUAUAAUAGCUAGCUACUUUUCUUUUUGUUUCAUUCUUGCUAGAAAAACUAGCAAACGACAUACUUUUUGGAGGAACUGUAUAUUGCCACCCUCCGUAUACUGGUGUCCUAGUUUAUAUCUUGAAGACAAUCAAGACUGACACUUAUUUGUUGAACUAGUUAGACUAUGCAUAUUUAGUUCUAAUAAAGGCUAGCUAGCUGGCUCUGGCUGGCACACAUCAAAGCAGUUGUAAGUGUAAAAGCUAGCUAACCUAGCUGCGAUGGAGGAGUUGAGCGCAGAUGAGAUUCGCAGAAGGAGACUGGCAAGACUGGCAGGUGGACAGACAUCACAGCCCAGCACCCCUCUCAGCACACCCCUGACAUCCCCACAGAGAGAGACCCCCCCUGGACCCCUCCCUGGACCCUCAGGUGUUGCACCCCAGCCACCAGCUGCCUCUCAGUCAUUGGGGCUCAAUGUCCACAGUUGUACACCUGCCACAUCCCCUAUGGGCACCUCUGGGGUGGCAUAUGGUAGUCAGAGCAGUGAGGGGGUGAGCUCCCUCUCCAGCUCCCUCAACAGCCUUGAGACUCAGUCCCAGAGUCUGUCCCGGUCGCAGAGCAUGGACAUUGACACUGCCUCCUGUGAAAAGAGCAUGUCCCAGGUGGAUGUGGACUCAGGGAUCGAGAACAUGGAGGUGGAGGACAGCGAUCGCAGGGAGAAGAGGAACUUGACAGACAAGGAAACCUCUGCAAACUCGGAUGUCUCAGAAGAACAGGCUCUGCAGCUCAUUUGUAAGAUCCUCCGCGUAUCGUGGAAGGAGCAGGACAGAGAUGUCAUCUUUCUCCCUUCACUGGCUGCAGAGUUCCACCAGAACCCUAAAGAUGUGUACUCUGACUUCAAAGACCUGAUUGGCCAGAUCCUGAUGGAAGUCUUAAUGAUGUCCUCACACUCGCGUGUCCAAAACCCAUUUGCCAGCUUGACCGCCACCUCCCAGCCAAUUGCUGCAGCCAAAUCCCCCGACCACCGCCUGACGCUGGUGCAGCCCUCCAGCCAAGGUGGCAGCCCGAUGGGCCCCAGUGCAGGAUCCUUUGGGGCCAGCUCUCUGUCGAGUCUUGGUGCAUGUGGAGGGGGGAUGUCCUGCGACUCAGCCAGCGACCGCUUCACCAUUGAACCAUGUAAAGAGACAGAGAUGCUGAACUACCUCAUUGAGCGUUUCGACAGUGUUGGCAUGGAGGAGAGGAAAGCUCCCAAGAUGUGCAGCCAACCAAAUGUCAGCCAGCUUCUCAGCAACAUUCGCUCUCAAUGUAUUUCCCAUGUUGCCCUGGUGCUGCAGGGCACCAUGACACAGCCACGGAGGCCUCUCCAUCAGUCUCUGCUGGUACCUUAUCUGCUGUGUCGGAACCUCCCGUACGGCUUUAUUCAGGAGCUGGUGCGCAUCACUCACCAGGAGGAAGAGGUGUUCAGUCAGAUCUUUAGUCCCAUCCUCCGUGGGCUUGCUCUUGCAGUAAAAGAAUGUUCCUUUGACAGUGACAACUUUAAAUUCCCCCUAAUGGCAUUAGCUGAGCUUUGUGAAAUCAAGUUCGGAAAGACUCACCCCAUCUGCAGCUUGGCUACGUCUUUGCCUCUGUGGUGUCCAAAACCUCUGAGCCCUGGUUGUGGCCGAGAGAUCCAGAGACUGUCCUUCGUUGGAGCCUUCUUCAGCCUCUCUGUGUUUGCUGAGGAUGAUACGAAAGUAGGAGACAAGUAUUUCUCUGGCCCAGCCAUCACCAUGGAGAACACACGGGUGGUCAGCCAAUCAUUGCAGCACUACCUGGAGUCAGCAAGGGGUGACUUGUUCAAGAUUCUCCAUAACAUCCUUCUAAAUGGGGAGACUCGAGAGUCAGCUCUUAAUUACAUGGCAGCUCUAGUCAACUACAAUGUGAAGAAAGCCCAGAUGCAGACCGAUGAUAAGCUGGUGUCGACAGACGGCUUCAUGCUCAACUUCUUAUGGGUGCUGCAGCAGCUCAGCAUGAAAAUAAAGCUGGAGACCGUGGACCCGUACUACAUUUUCCACCCACGAUGUCGGCUUGUCGUCAGCCUAGAAGAGACGCGUGUGAAGGCCACCAUGGAGGAGAUCAAAAGCUGGCUGACUGACAUGCAUGAAGACCCUAACAAGUUCUCAGAACCUAAGUUCCCCACUGAGUGUUUCUUCUUGACGCUUCAUGCCCACCAUCUGUCCAUCCUGCCUGGCUGCAGACGUUACAUCCGCAGGUUGCGGGCUAUCCGAGAACUGAACAGGACUGUAGAGGAGCUGAAGAACAGUGAGAGCCAGUGGAAAGAUUCUCCUCUCGCUAGUCGGCACAGAGAGAUGCUCAAGCGAUGCAAAACCCAGCUCAAGAAACUGGUGCGCGCCAAAGCUUGUGCUGACGUGGGCCUUCUGGAUGAGAACCUGCUCCGCAGAUGUCUGCAGUUCUACAGCACAGUCAUCCAGCUCAUUCUGCGCAUGGUGGAUCCCGCCUACCCCAACAUUAACCUUCCACUGCACCCUGAGAUUCCUAAAAGCUUUGCUGCUCUGCCUGAGUUCUACAUUGAAGAUGUGGCAGAGUUUCUGCUUUUUGUCGUGCAGUAUUCCCCCCAGGUUUUAUAUGAGCCCUGUGUGCAGGACAUUGUCACCUUCUUGGUGGUGUUCAUCUGCAGUCAGAACUACAUCAGGAACCCUUACCUUAUCGCCAAGUUGGUGGAGGUACUGUUCGUCACCAACCCCGCUGUACAGCCUCGUACUCAGCGAUUCUCUGAAAUGAUGGAGAACCACCCGUUGUCUAUCAAGCAGCUGGUCCCCGCCCUCAUGAAGUUCUACACUGAUGUUGAGCACACCGGAGCCACCAGCGAGUUCUAUGAUAAGUUCACUAUACGGUACCAUAUAAGCACUAUCUUCAAGAGUCUGUGGCAGAACCUCGCCCACCAUGGCACCUUCAUGGAGGAGUUCAACUCUGGCAAGCAGUUUGUGCGCUACAUCAACAUGCUGAUUAAUGACACCACCUUCUUGUUAGACGAGAGCCUCGAGUCCCUGAAGCGUAUCCACGAAGUUCAAGAAGAAAUGAAAAAUAAGGAGCAGUGGGACCAGCUGCCUAGGGAACAGCAGCAGAGCCGGCAGUCCCAGCUGACUCAGGAUGAGCGUGUGUCUCGCUCCUACCUGGCCCUCGCCACGGAGACUGUUGAAAUGUUCCACAUCCUCACCAAGCAGGUCCAGAAGCCUUUCCUCAGGCCUGAGCUGGGGCCUCGUUUAGCUGCCAUGCUAAACUUCAACCUCCAGCAGCUCUGCGGGCCUAAGUGUCGGGACCUGAAAGUAGAAAACCCUGAGAAGUAUGGCUUUGAGCCCAAGAAGCUCUUAGACCAGUUGACUGACAUCUACCUGCAGCUAGACUGUGCGCGCUUUGCUAAAGCCAUUGCAGAUGACCAGCGGUCGUACAGCCGUGAGCUCUUUGAAGAGGUGAUUUCAAAGAUGAGGAAGGCUGGUAUUAAGUCCUCUAUUGCCAUUGAAAAAUUCAAGCUGCUAUCGGAGAAGGUGGAGGAAAUAGUCGCCAAGAACUCCCAAUCUGAAAUGGACUACAGUGACGCACCUGAUGAGUUCAAAGACCCUCUGAUGGACACACUGAUGACUGACCCUGUGAUAUUGCCUUCGGGAAACAUCAUGGACCGAUCCAUCAUCCUGCGCCACCUGCUCAACUCCCCCACUGAUCCCUUCAACCGGCAGCCUCUCACAGAGAACAUGCUGGAGUCAGUCCCGGAGUUAAAGGAGAGGAUCCACACCUGGAUGAGAGAGAAACAGGGUGGACGGCCUGUCUGAGGACACCCAUGCCCGGCCUGCUAACAUGAUUAAAAGAGCUGACCAUCGGCUGAAUUCAGUGUCACGACCACCGACUACAAAAACCCCAUUUGAAUGGAGAAAAAAAGAGCUGAUCUGAUUUUAUUCGCAUUUACCCUUUUUGUCUCAAACCAUUAUCAUGGUCCUAAAAACUAAAUAUAAUAAAGUUAAGACUUUUAAGUUUUUUUUCUCAUGAGUUUGUGUAUAUAUAUAUCAAAAUAUAUACAUAUAUUUAACAAAAGUUAGUUAAGGCAUUAUAGUGCUGCAAGAAUACGUUUCCAACACCAACGGGUUUACCAGCAAGGUGCAUAGAGGCUCCUCAUUGAUCAUUUUCCUUUACGGUUCUCAUUUUGUUUUGUACUACUCUGUAUGUUGGCUUUAUUAAAGACUCGUGGUUUUAGGGCGAGGGGAGGGCAAUACUUUUGGGAGAGUGUGGGUGGGUUCUGAUAAAAUUGCUAUUUACGAGUUUUCAUUAUCAAGACUGUGACAAUGAUAAACUUGAGUCCACAUGAUGUUUGCUGAUGUCCCAGGGCUUGUAGACAGAGUUCAGAUCUGGGAAUAUCCAUUAUGGAUGUAGUUUAACGCAAACUAAUCCUAAAUGUCAGCUUCUUUUUAAGUACAGUAGGAAGAUAAGCAGUGGUUCACGAAAUACUGUAUGUUCAGUGUUUCCUUUUUAGUCACAUUUCCCCUGCUGACUUCAAUAGACUGAAAUUACUUCUGUGUGCAUGGCCUCAAGUCCAGAACCUCCUCAAGCGCCUCAUGGACAAAUAACCCUCUUUUAGGCGACCUGGAAAGAACAUGACAGAAUGUAGCAUGACCACCAGAAACACCAUCGUAGGAGCACACAAUUAAGUGUCUGCUCUUCAGAACCACUGACAUCCAAAGUCAAGAUGGUCUUGUUUAAAUGGCACUGUACGUAACAUGAACUUGGUGACCUUAACUGUACAGGAACAGAUUUCCUUCAACCACAGACCUGUUUUGGAAGCUAGGAUUUUGAACUGAAAUAAAUGAUGAUGCACAUUA